GUGGAGAAGUAUCCACAUGGGAUGGGAGGAUUUUAGCAAGAAUAUUCGCUUUGAGGUAGGGGUGGGGGAUAGAGUGAAGCUUUGGGUAGAUCUAUGGUGUGGGGAUUCUCCACUUCAAUUGACUUUUCCGAAUGUGUACAGGAUGGUCUUUGAUAAAGCGGCAUUGGUGGCCUCUUCUCUUGAACGAUUGGGGAUAGAGGAGUGGAGAAGCUGGGAUGUUCAUUUUAUUCAGAGACCAAAUGAUUGGGAAAUGGGUGGUGUGGAUGAUUUUCUUCGUACCUUGGGCUUAAAUCUACCUCCCACUGAGAAUAGAGAUCGUAUGCGAUGGAAGUUGACAAAGAAUGGGGACUUUGAUAUUCAAUCGUUCUACAAUAAGUUAAGAAGCCCCUUGCCCAUUAUUUUUCCUUGGAAAGGUGUUUGGAAGGUUAAGGCUCCUCGGCGUAUUUCCUUCUUUGUGUGGACUGCUGUAUGGGAUAGGAUCCUUACAGGUGAUAAUUUGAGGGGUAGAAGGUUGGAUUUUGUCGAUUGGUAUAUCAUGUGCCGCAGUAAUGGGGAGACGGUGGAUCAUUUGUUAUUACAUUGUGGAAAGGCUUAUUGGUUGUGGACUUUGGUGUUUAGAUCCUUUGAGUUCUCUUGGGUCUUGCCAAGAUCGGUUGCAGAUACUCUUUUUGGUUGGUGGAAUUGGCUUGGAAAGCAUUUGUCUAGCAUUUGGAAUUUAGCUCCAUUAUGCUUGAUGUGGUGUCUUUGGAGGGAGCAAAAUAGGAGGACAUUUGAGGACAUGGAUAAUUCGGAUGACUAGCUAUUGGCCUCCUUCAGUGGCACUUUGUUUGACUGGUCUAGGGCGUGGGGACUCACCUCUAGUGAUUUUCUCCCUAUUUUCCUUAGCUCCCUUCUAUGUACUUAGUAUAUUUCCUUUUCUUUAUCUUUACACUCUUUCUUUUCCCUUUGUAUUUUUCUCUCUGCUUAUGUUUUUCUGCAUAAGGUAGUGUUUUUGAAUAUAAUCUUUAUUACCUAUCAAAAAAAGAAAAGAUCAAGAGUUUUACCUGCAGUUGUUGGAACUAUACAGUCAAAUAGGUUCUCAUGCAAUGUUGGCUUCAGAAAAAGGAUUGGUCGGAUGUCAAUUCAGUUUGAUGAGUUUUAACCAUAUAAGUUUAUUGUUUUAAUAUUGAAAAUAUAUUCAUAGAAUUGAAUUCUAAAUAACCAAAUUUAAAAUUUAAUGUAGAAAAUUUAAAUAACCUUGAAUAGCAUUGAGCAACUCUCCCCAAAUUAUGAAAUUAUCAGUUGUCCAUUUAUUCCUAGAAACUAAUUCAUUAUAAAGAUCUAAAAAUAAAUCCACCAAAUUUAAUCCCAAUCAUCAAUUAGUCACUUACUUGUAGAACUAUUUCAAUAUAAAGAUCUCAGACAAAAUCCACCAAAAUUUUGAUUAAUGCAAGGUUCUACAAAGAAAUCCUAACCCAUAAUUGAAUUUCAACUCCAUACUCUUCCCUAACCUCAGAUCUAACCUAAAUAUUAACAAGCAUUUAUGAUUGAAAUUUCGAAGUUGGAAAAUAAAAUAAAGGUCAGUAGAAGAGAGAGUGUGCAUGCGCUCACAUAUCUAUCUAAAAGUUUGAGUUUUAGGCCUGGACCUUUGAUACAAAACUGUAAGUGAUCAAAGGACAUUCUUGAUGAGGCCGUUGAAAUGAGCUAGUGCAAUCAAGGCCAGGGCCAAUCACGCAGGACAAUCAAAUUGAGCAUUAAGCCAAGUCAACACCGAAGCAGGUGAGAGAAUUUGAAAUUGUAAAACCAUAAAAAACUAAAACUGUGUUUGUUUGAAUGAUAAUUAAAUUGAAUUGGAGUUUUGUAGUUGAAAUGAAAUUGUUUGUUG